CCAGUGAACACACCGCAUGCGAGGGUACAAUACAAAUCGCGUGAUGGCUAUGAGCUAUUAGGAGGAUGAGAAAUAAGAAAGACUUGAAUUCCUCUAAUUUUAAUAUGUAUAUUGGUUUUAUCUCGAAUUAAAAAAUCAACUCGAAAUGUCGCCACCGCUCAUAACACACCUGUACACCGCGGACCCGUCGGCCCACGUCUUCGACGGCAAGCUAUACAUCUACCCGUCGCACGACCGCGAGACAGACAUCCACUUCAACGACAACGGCGACCAAUAUGACAUGGUCGACUACCACGUCUUCUCGCUCGACUCCCUCGACGCCUACGCAUCCCCCGAAUCCACAUCCGCGGUCCCUCCAAAAGUAACCGACCACGGCGUCGUCCUCAGCGCCGCCGACGUCCCCUGGGUAAGCCGCCAGCUCUGGGCCCCCGACGCCGCGCGUCGCAAGGGGAAAUACUACCUCUACUUCCCGGCGCGUGACAAGGAGUCUGUAUUUCGGAUCGGCGUAGCUGUAGGCAACACGCCCAUCGGCCCGUUUACCCCGGACCCGGAGCCCAUCCCCGGCAGCUUCAGCAUCGACCCCGCGUCCUUUGUCGACGACGACGCUGACGAGAGCGCGUACCUGUAUUUUGGGGGCCUGUGGGGCGGACAGCUGCAAUGCUACCAGCGGGGUAACACACCCGCGCACUACGACGCGACAUGGCUAGGCGCGCAAGAGCCGUCUGGACCAGAUGCUACGGCGCUGUUCCCGAAAGUGGCGAAGCUGAGCGACGACAUGCGCGGGUUCGAGGGCCCGGUGCGAGAUCUGGUGAUUCUGGCUCCGGAGACGGGAGAGCCGAUUAAAGCGGACGAUCACGAGCGCAGGUUCUUCGAGGCGGCGUGGAUGCAUAAGAGGGGGGAGACGUACUAUUUUAGCUACUCGACUGGCGAUACGCAUUUCCUGGCGUACGCGAUGGGGACGAGUCCGUUUGGACCGUUUACGUAUGCGGGGAGGAUCCUGGAGCCGGUGUUGGGGUGGACGACGCAUCAUUCUAUUGUGGAGUUUCAGGGAAGGUGGUGGUUGUUUCAUCAUGAUUGUGAGUUGAGUAAGGGGGUUAAUCAUCUUAGGUCUGUGAAGGUGAAGGAGAUUUUUUAUGAUGCGCAGGGCAGGAUUGUGGGGGAGAAACCUGGGGAAUAAGGGUGGAUGAGGGUGGCUUCUGAGGUUGGUUAUGGCGACGGUGUGAUUUGAUGGGCGGCUGGUGUUUAAUAUCGAGUUGCUUGGCCUUUGAUUAUUGAAUAGGUAGAGUCGCGUUGUGCCAUGGACGACGUCGAAUUGCCGUGUUGACUGUAUCAAGAUUUCCCAGGAUUUCCAUAUUAAAUUGUACCAAGCCGUACCUAGGACUAAUUUUUACAGCGUUCAUCGUAUUAUCCUACCACUGUUA